AACGGAACAUAUAGUGAAAUAUCGAUUUUAUCAUUCCACUUUGAGAGCUACGAUUUACAAAAACCAAAUGCUUUUGACUUAAUUAAUGGAUUAGCACCAAAUUGGCUCAUUUGAAUUCCCUGCUGUUUAUACGUUGAGAGUUUAUAUUAAAAAGAUUAAAAGAAACAUCAUGUCCAUCAUCUUGUAAUUUAGUACGUUUUUAAUACACUCGGACACAUUUCAUUCGAAUGUUCAGAAUAUUUUCGGUUUUCCUUGUUAAUAACUAUUUUUACAAUCCAAAAAAAUUUCAAUUAGAAUACCAUUCGAGAGCACGGUGUUGACACGGUGACGGCGAACAGAUGAAAUCUCAUGCGAUGAUUUUUCUAAUGGGAAUUAUGAAAAUGAUUAUAUAUAUGUAUUGGGCAACAUCGUCCCAGUUAUUUCGUAUAUUCUUCUAUUUCCUUCCCAAAAUUACUUUUCGCACUUAGACGUCUCGACAGCGUUACGCUUUUGAUUUCGAAUUUGUCGGUGUGCUGCUUUUUGAGCUGUCUAUAAAUAAAAUAUGCGAUUGGAAAAUGUGGAUCAAAUACUGAUGAUAUCGUGUGUGCGCCACACCAGAUGAUUUGUAUUGGAGCCAAUGCACUGGCCAUGUGAAGUGCCUCAAAUACAUUUAUUUUGCUCUCUGGCAUUUCGUUUCACUUGCCCGAUCGGUUUUCAAGCGUUUUCGUCCAUUCACCUAAUGGAUUCAGGCAAUUUAUAGCCAUAACACCGUUUUCAACCGAUGAAAAUGAGUUUCGAAACUCGAACCAAAAUCAAUCGCUUGGCGCUGAUUUGUCCGGUUGUGAGUACUUUUGAACAGAUGUAAUGAAAGUGAAAUCGUUUUGCAAUGAUAUUUCAACGGGAAGAUUCCGUUGGUCGUCUCUCUGUGUCGAGUUGUCAAAGGGUUGAAAUAAUUCAAAUCCAGUUUGAUUCAAAUGAAAAAUCGCCAUCUUUUUCAACCGACACAUUUUUUUGCGGAGAAUAUUUUUCUUCUUGCCAUCAAGAAGAUCCAAUAAAAAGUGUCAGUCAUUACGUGGCUUGUGAAAUUUAUAACAAAAGCGCGUAUACGUGACAUAAACAAUAACGCAAAGCUAUGCCAUAUUACUUAUAGUUGGGUAGCGGCAUGAGAAUCUGAAUCAAAAUCCCAAUAUAUAUUCAUUUUUCUUUCUUCGAUAAUUCGUUUGCUCAAUUCAACGUCCCAUUGCUUGUUGCUACUGACGCCGCCGCUGCUGCCGUUGCUCGUUUCGAAUCGUAUUGCGAUAGAGGCCUGUGCAUAUGGUUGUCUGUGUGUAUUUGCCGUACACAUGAAGCAUAGCGGUAGCAUGUUAAUGCCAAGCAUAAACAGUUCAUUAAGAUCCACGCUCGUGUAAGGCUCGAUUGAAUUAUGAGCAUCGUCCCGCGUUAACCGUUUCGUUUGAUUGACGUCGACCGACGAUAUUCAUUUUUGUUUUUGUUUUGUUAAAUUCUUAUUCUGCUCUUUUUUCUCAUCGCCAUUCCAUUCAUAGAAUUUCAACGACAUUAUUCGAAUGUGACAGUUUUUCUCGGCGAUAUGUUCACAAUGAAAGUCGUGUUGCCAUCCUAUCGAUCGGUCAAACCGACACCAACCAUUCAAAAACUCGUGUAAAGUGUGCCCAAAAAAAGGAGAAUAAAAGAAAAAUUGAAAGAAAAAGAAGCGAAAAAUAAUAAUCCGAGUAGUGAAAUUCUAAGAAACAGCUGACAAAAUGCUGUUUUCAAAUCAAGUCGAUCGCUUCAAACAAAAUGUUGUGAUAAUAUUCUUAGUUUUAGUGGUGUAUGCUCCAAAUGUGUUGUUGCACAACGAUGAAAUCGCAUCGAAUGCGAUUGAUCAGUCAAAACAAAAUGCUUCGGUGAAAAAAGAAAUGCCAUUUGUAGAAUACUAUAUCGAACACAAUGUUAGUCAACGUGAUGCCAAGCGGAGCUUCUUCGAAAUCGGCAUUAAAUUAUUGGACGAGCAAAUUCCAUGGAUUCCACAUUCGUGCUAUGUUGGUGAGCGGUGUCGAGCGAGCGUCGGUUCCUGCAUCAACUACACCGAAAUUCGGGAAUGCUGCUGCGAUCGAGUACUUGCCAAACGAUGGAAAACUAUUUACUCGAGCGGUACGAUGACGGCAGUGAAUGUGUUCACUCAGCUGAUUUGCGGGAUUUUUUUCUUCGCAUUACGGUCAUUCUAUUGAAUGGUGUUCGUAAACAAAGCAGCCAAUUGAAGUCAUUGAGCAGUUGUUUUCUUUCGCGCCAGAAGGAUAGGUUACCACUUGGAUUAAAUAAAUACAUCGUGAAAAAAGUUCCAGGAACGAAAACGAAAACUAAAUUAAAUCAUGUUUUAUAGAAUUUGUACAUUGGUCUCGUAUUGAUAAUUGCCUAUAAUAUUUCGUAAUGCUGCGAAACAAAAUCGAAAUUUUUUUUCUAGCAAUAAAUGUGUAUAAAAACAAGCGCUUUUGAUUUAAGAAUCGAUGUAAACGAAAUCAAUGAUAUGUGUUGUCUGUGGAGAUAAAUAAAAUCUUUUAAAAAGAAAAGAAAUUCGUUUUUUUUUAGUCAAAACAAUCGCUCUUCUUUCCAGGGAAAAUGAAUAUUCUGUUCAAUGUUU